UUCGCUGGUUUUCUAUCAGAUGUAAAAUGGACGUGCGGUCGUGUUGCUGCGCGCUCGCGAACUCCGCGUGUUCGUUGUAAAUCGAUGUUUAUUGUUUUAAAAUUUAACGCGAAUACGAAUAUUGUUUAUGCGAUUGUUCGACUGCUUCGGUGCUUGGUCACCGAAGAAGAUUGUGUUUAGUGUUUGUGUUUUUGAAUGACGUUACGCUCACUUCACUUGCAGUGAUUUCGCUGAUAGUAGCUCACUCGCCGGUGGGUGCGCUCGUGAUAAACUACGUGUUCGGUUGUUGAAAAAGGCGAUUAUCGUCUAGUGUGGGUGUUUUACAGUAGCACCAUGCUGUGCACGGUGACAUAGUGAGCCUUGAAUUGACCCUGACCUCUGUCAAACAUGCCUGGGCGAUCGGAUUGCAGGAAAUUUGCGCCUAACAUCUUCACCAAGAGCAAGUGCACUAAUUGCUUCCGUCAGAAGGAAGAGCACAGUGCCGAGGCCUUGGAAUCUAAUCGGGCAAGUCGAAAGAUAUCCAAAUGUGGUUAUCUGUUCGUCGCCCCUGGCUGGGACUUCUCCAAUCCUCUCUACAGAACAAAGAGAUGGCAGCGAAGGUGGUUCGUGCUAUACGACGAUGGAGAACUGACAUACUCGCUCGACGAACACCCGGACACAGUCCCACAGGCCAGCGUGGACAUGACCACCGUUUUAGAGGUCAGCGACGCUGACUCCGUGACCGGACAUCCUCACAGCCUGGCCAUCACAGCUCCGGAGCGGGUCACCUUCGUGAAGGGAACCUGCCGGGAGGAGACGAGGUGGUGGGCUGAUGUGCUGAGUGUCUACCCGAGGAGUAAGGGUCGUCAUAAGCGCAACGCCACCUUCCCGGGCGGUCAGACCAGCAGUCUGCUGCAGUCUUCCACCACAAGAAAGUACUCGGCCGACGCGUCUACUCUCCGCGACGUGGCGGACGGGUGCGGGGGGGCUCGACCGCGGUACCGCGCGGGGGGCACCACCACGUGGCCGGGGCCCCGCGUUCAGCCGCCCCAGCCGGAGAUACCGAGCCUGGCGUCAGCACCCAUCGACACCAAAGUAUACACCGACCAGCCGGUCUCGUCAGCGUCUCCCCCCACUCGGGACAAGAUCAACGGCGAGGAGAAGGCCAGGUCGCGACGCCGGGACACCUGGUCGGAGCCCAACAACCCCCCGCCGCCUGAUGAUGCCACCGUCGGCGUGAGGUCACCGCUCCUGCAGCACCAGCCUUACGAUGAGCAGCUUCGGGACAUCGCGGCGUCCCUCACCAGGCCCCGGUCCCGGAGAGCCCUGCCCGUCACACUUGAAAGACCCACCAGGCUGCCACCACCAGAUCGACUGCCGGCUCGUGGAACACCAGACGGGGCUGUACCACCAGAAGAGAACACCUCAAGCUCGUCCAGCGAAGGCAGCGAACCGACGGACGUGGUAGAAACCAACGAAAAUGGGGAGCCUGGCCGAGUCGAACUACCAGCUGAAAGACUCCUCCACGCCAGGGCUGGGUGGCUCCAAAGACGAGGCCCUGGCGGCUACUCCAGACAUUGGUUCGUCCUGAGAGGAGCAGCGCUGCUGUACUUCAGGGACCCUCAUGCGGAACACAGAGGACUUAUGGAUGGAGUGAUAGACUUGAGUGGAGUGGCCAGAGUAGUGGAGCUGCCGACUACAGCGUCCACUGGAUACGCUUUUGAAACUGAGACUUGGGACGGUAAACACAUCGUUCUAUCAGCGGUAACGGCAGGCAUACGAUCCAAUUGGGUAUCAGCUAUAAGAAGAACGGCUGGUCUACCUGACACGGCACCUUUAUCGUUGAUAUUACGCGAAGACUCCUUGGACCAAGCAUCAGAGUCAUCUACUUCACCGGUCACUCCUGUAACACCAAUAACAGGAAAAUCGGCACCGUUCUCAUCUGAUGAAGAAUACAGAACUGCUUCAGAAGGUGGUCGAAGAGAUAGUGCUGACUGGGGAGAUGUGGCUCCUCAACCACCACCGUCCCCCAUUUUAAAUCGGACACCCAUAUCCAAAGUCAAAGAAAAGGUACGCGCACGAGUAGGUCACCAAACAGGCACAAAAGUUGAAAGUAACAAAGACGAAAUCGACGCUACCAAAGAACGUCCGACCGACGAAGUCGAUGAAAACGAAAAGCCGAGUGAACCUCGCAAACGCAGCUAUAUAUCUACCAUCGACAAACAAUCUAUUGAAAUUGACGAUCUUCGUAAGCAACUAAAACUUGCUUUGAGCGACGUGGAUGCGGCAGAAACAGAACUUGCAAGGCUUAAAAAACUUAAAUCUGAUGCCGCUUUGAGAGAAAAGAAGAUGGAAGAACUCGUGAUAACACUGCAGAAAAAAGAAGAAGAGUUGUCGAUAAGAACGAAAGAGGCUGAAAAUUUAGUCGCUAUAAAGCAGCUUUACAACCAAGACAAGACAAUGUGGGAGACGAAACUUAGAGAAACACAAAAUUUCUUAAAAGAGUCGACAGAGCAUUGUGAGCUUCUAACGCGACAGUUAACCUCAGCGCAAGAGACUGUUGUGCAACUGCAAACUGAGUUGACUGAUCUUAAUGAUAAAUUGCUCAAAAGUGUCAAAGAAAAUGAAGUACUAUAUGAUAGAAUUCAAGAUCUGGAAGGCAGAUUAUCAGCUGAAUCACCUACCAAAGAAAAAAGAAAGAGCAUUAGCUCUUUAAGUGACCUCACGAAUAUGGACCAUGACUUGAAUAUGGAAUCUUUAGAAAAAGAUCAAUUGAUUGAAGAGUACAUUGAGUUGAGGGGCAGGUUCAUGAAGGCGAUACAAGAAAUAAAAGCCAUGAAGAAAGAACUCCGCGAGUCUCAUAACAUGUAUGAUGAGCUUGAACUAACUAACAUGAAAUUAAGAAAUGAAAUGAAAUUACGAGAACAGUGUAGUAGAUCAGAAAUUGACCUAAUGGCAGCACGCAUACAGGACUUGACACAGAAACUCACAGCCUCUGAUAAACAAGUUAGAACUCUGAAGCAUAAGAUUCAGAAAACUGAGUCGAGAGAAAAGAGACGAAGUUUGUCUUUGAAAGGAAGAGAAUCAUUUACAUUGGGGAAGGAGGUCGAAGAAAAGUUAACCGAGCUGGAGAACAAGAUAACGAUGCUGGAAUCGGGUGAAGCCGUGCCGGUGAUAAACUCACCUUCAAAGAGUACGUCACCUGCCAAAGAUAAACUUUCCAAAGCGGAAAGCAUGUCAGAAGAGAAACGUAUGAAAAGAUUGGCGGCCCGACUUCGAAGAAAGUCGUUGGAUAGUGCUACCAGUUCUGAACCAAUGAAAAUGCUCGUACGGCUGAGUUCUCUCGAAACCAAAGUAGCUUCUGCGUUAGAACACCGGCGAGAUUUGACAAAUUCGUGUGAAUCAUUAAGUCAAGCCACUAAUAGAUCAACAGAAAGUCCAAGCUUUAACGAAAGUACCGAAAGUUCUACCGUAGGUACACAGUCACAAAGGCAUCUGUUGGACAGAUUGCAGAGCCUGGAAAAUGUAGUCAUACAUUCAAGAAAUAAGGUUAACGAAUGCCUUUGCCAGAUGAGCGCUAUGCGAGCAGCUAAGUCCAGAAGAUCACCAUCGCCUAGUCUCGAGAAAAAAUAUAGUAUUAAAUCGAUGGAAAAAUGCUUGACUGAAGUGAGCAAAAGACUGCAGGAGUGCUUCGACAAGUGUGUCGUGGACUGUGGACACAGCCACGACCUCGAGGUCAACGACAGCGUCGCGCAGGUGGUCGUGCAGCUUGAAGAACAGCUCAGAGUAAAAUUAUUGGAAAUAUCAAAGAAAAAGGCAAUACUAUAUGAAUCCGGGGAGUUAACUCAGCGCAAAAGUCUGGAAAUUCUCGCUGAGAAACUAGCGUAUGAAGCCAUUCUCGUCAGCAGAAUUCAAGAAGCACUAGAGUCAUCAAACGGCAGCAGAUUUUUCGCCAGAUUAAUAAAGUCUGAAAUAACCGAAACUAGUCAAUUAAUCGAUAACCUUAAGUGUAAGAUAAACGGCGAUGGACCCAGAAGCAUCAUUAGCACGAGGAGCUCAUUAGACUAUCUCGCCAGGAUCCUCUCGCGGAAAAUCGAUAUCGUUAACGGUUCUCGGGAUACGCGAGAGUUGAGGAAGUCCGAACUAAUAUUACAAAGUGCCGAUUUAGAAGCUCUUAAAGCAUCGCAAAAAGAAGUUUCUGAUGCGGUCAGCAAAUUUAAAAUGGAAAAGUUGGCGGAGCUAUGCUCGGCGCUAGCCUGCGAGACAUUGAGUUACGUGACGCCAAAUGACAGCGAUUUCGAGCAACAGCGGGCUAAUGUAGAAGCGGCUAGAGUGCGAGAGGCAUGGGCCGCUGCAAGAGAUGCUCUGGGAGCCGAACUGGUUCAAGCCGAGGUCACGAGAGCUCUCGGUCGCGCCGCUCAGUUAUGUGAAGAACAAUUAGAUGACUCGCGAAAGUGUCGCUUGACUUUGACGGCUCAAGAUCGUGCUGAUUUGGAACUGUGGUGGCAAGCGGCGCACGAUCAUUUACGCUGUGAAAUGGAUGGCGCCGUGCGAGACAUCGCCACUCGCUACCGAGAAUGUCUCGGUAUGGACAGACGUACCAAAGAAGGCUCGCCCGGUGUGGACAGCCGCGUGUUAUUGCAGCAACUUGCGGAAGUGUUGGCGCAAAAGGCUUUGAUAGACGCGCGUAUCGCUGUCGUCGAGGGAACAUACCGGGCGUCAACACCGCGCGAAGAUGCGACGCGUUCAGCGGAGGACGCGAUCUCCUCGCUGGAGGCGGACCCCGCCCAGGAGGCGGAGUUCGUGUAUCUGUUCCAGCGAUUCUCGAACGAGUGCCGAGCGCUCUUCUCCAGUGACUGUUCGGGUAACAGUGAAGACUCGAUGAAGAUCGGCGAGAGCCUCGGGCGGGUGGAGGCGGCGGUGGAGGCCGUGCAGCGCAGCCUGGCGGGGGAGGGCAGCGGCGCGGCGCGGCCGGGCGCGGCGGAGGCCGCCGGCAGCACGCUGGACCGCAUCGAGUCGUUGCGGCGCCGCGUCGAAGCUCUGCAAGCGCUGGUUCCGUGCCAGCACUGCAAGCAGCUACAAGACGCGCUAGACAGACUCCAGGCGGAGCGCGCGCGCGGCGAGUGCGCGCUGGCGCAGCAGGCGGGCGCGCUGUCGGCGGCGCGGCGCGCGCGCGCGCAGCAGCAGGCGCAGCACGAGCGCGAGCGCGCGGCGCUGCGGGAGCGCGCGCGCACGCUGCAGCGCCGCCUGGCCGCGCUCGACUCCGAGUACGCGGCGCAGCUGGACAGUCUGCGCGCCGCGUAUCAGGUAGCCAUGAGCGCUGUAGCAGCAGAUACCCACGGCGAUGGUCUUCGCGCCCGCUAUCAGCAGGAAAUUGAGCAGUUACGCGCUCUGUGUGAGAAAGGCCUUAUGGCCAUGGAGAGCUCCCACCGUCGCAUUGUGCGAGAAAUGGAAGAAAAACACCGCGCAGAAAGAGAACAACUCAGGCUAGACAAAGAGCAAGCGCUUGCCGAAGAGACCCGCGCGACGUUAGCCGCACUAGACGCGAUGCGGAAAGCCCACGAGAGUGAAGUGAGGCGCGAGGUGGACAAGUUCAAAGCCGAGUUCCUCAGCGCCAGCGGCCCGGAGAGGAUGCAGCUCAGCAAUAGGCACCAACAAGAGAUGGAAGAGAUAAAGCGAGAGAUCCUUUCGCUAUCGGAGAAGUACUCCGUCAAAUGCGUGGAGUCAGCAGCUUUGGAGGAGCGGCUCGCCACCGCCACCGCGCAGCUUGCGCAGGCGCAUAACCACAUUAUGCAGCUCGACGCUAGGAAUAAGCAACUAAGAGCACAUCUUAUAUCCGAAGCAAAUGAAAUGAAAAACGGAGAGGCGUCCUCCCUCUCCCAGCUCAUCGAGGACACUGCGCCGCUUGCGAGGGAGGCGCCGCUGUGGGCUCACCUGCGGCAGCUGGCGGCCGUGUGGCAGCGCGCCAACAACGUCUCAGGAGAAAUCAUCACGGUUGAGCCCCCUGCUGGAGGCUGCGCGGCCGUCCAGGCCGGCCAAGAUACAGUACGCCAAGACAGAGAGCACAAGAAACCUGCAACUGCCGCCUGUACAGAACUAAAGGCGAAGCGCCGCUGCUCAGUCGGCCGCACGACCGUCGCCCCCCUAGUGGGCAUGGUCGCCGAGCGGAAAAAGCGAUUCGAGCUGUAACCACCACAGCCGCGGAAUAAAGACUCGUUCACACGUUAUUUUGUAGUUUUUAAAGGACUAAGAACGCGUCAAGAACGUCACCCACCACGCAAGCACCUGGCCACUUUGCUUAUACUUUGCUAUACACCGUUCGAUAUUUAUAUCAUGCAGUAAGACUGUAGUAACAUAUUUAUAUGAAAUGUUUAUAUUUAAAUUAUACCCAUUAAAGUUAUGACGUGCAUUGAAAUAGGUAAGGGUCUACAGUGCUACACUGUAAUUUCAAUGAUUAUACAGAAUUGUAGGCACUAUGUUAUCAAUUACGAAUUUGCUUACUCUUUGAAACAUGCCUUUGCACGUCAUUAGUAGAGGCAGGCGUGAAAUUAGAUAGUUCCUAUGAGUUAUUACUGAUUUCAUAAAUGUCGUUUUUUAUUAUUAAGAUGUGGCUAUGGUUUUAUAUGAAAUGUUUUUAUUAUUUUACUUGGUUGUUUAUUUACAAAUAUGUAGGUAAUACGUUGACAGAUAAAAUUUUAUAUACUUACGUUUAAACAGAAAGAAAUUAUGGUUUUGAAUUAAAAUUUCCAUAGCUGCAUCCAAGCACGUAUAUAGUUAUAUUUAUUUGACCUCGAGAUUACUAGAUGUUUAGGUGAUCAUGACGUAGCGAUCAGCUAUUAUUUAUCAGCCCAAUUAUCAAAUAGAGUAGUUGUCUGAGCUAAAACAUGUUUAUUAUAAAAUAAAAUUAGUUGUAGUUAUCCUAAGACCAAAUAUAACCUACAAGUGGCCAGAACUUUCUCCCACCCACCACACAAAUUGUAUAUAACUUUAUAUGGAUUGUUUUACAUUAUUUUAGAUUGUAUAUUUACACACUUCCUCUCUAUUUAAAUCUUACUUUACUUCAUUUUAUUUAAGGCUCAUUACGUUUUCUAUCUCGCGUUAACUGUAGACGAUCGGUUAGUGAUUGUAUCUAGACUUGUAAAAAUUGUAUUAACAUUUGUGUAAAUACUAACGUCCCUCGCGUGUCCAUUUGCUUCUAGUACGCAUUGUCUUAAGGAAUUGUUACCAAAUAUGUUUCGUAUUUAUGACAUUCAUUCUUCGACGGGCGCAGUUGGGCGCCGCGGCGCGAUUCAACAGCAUUUUGACUGUAACUAGCUUGAUCAAUAGUAUAGAGAUAUACUAAAAAAAAUAAAGUCAAGUAUUAUUACGCGCCGCCACGUCUCUGCGCUCAAAAGUAACCCUUGUUUAACUUUUUUUUUGUAGAUUUAUACAUAGCUUAGAAAUAUCGAUAUGAGAAAUUUUAUUAUAUAAUGCGCGUAAACUACGGCCGUUUGGACGAUUUUUGAUAUAACUCCGUCUUUGUUACACGCGUUUGCGUUUCAUCGGAUACCGCGCCGAACAAAGUAAUUGCGUAUCGCAUGAAAGGCGGCCCGUCAGCGGAGUGUUUACUGUUAUGUAGAGGCAUAUUGUUUUCAUUAACCCUUUAGUUAGGACGUUGAAGUUUGAACAUUUUCCGUUUUGUCUCCCAGCACUCCCUCGUGUGUUACCAUAACCUCCGGGCAUUUGAAUUCUGUCUUCCACUCACUCGUGCUAUAUUCUCACUUUGUUGUGUAUAGUUCACUGUAGUGGCGACGCGGCGGGGAAGUCGCGCGCGCCAGAGUCGCAUCGCGUCGCGUCGUGUCGCGUCGCGAGCCUGCUCAAUGUUCUAGUUCCGUGUCGAUGCCAAACGUCGCUCGCCCGCGGCAACACGUCGCGUCGCCAAACUAACUUAUGUUAUACUAUGUCUUGAGUUGACGUUGUAAAGUGUUGGUUUAUAUAACAAAGAGAUUUAAAAAUAAACUCACUUAAUACAA